AUGGUCACGAGGCCCACGAGUCAACCGUUGUCGACUCAAAACGGGGCCCAGGCUAGACCGCCGCAAGCUGGUAAAGCGAAAGGCCAGCAGGAGCGGCCUUUGUCACUCGACGAGGCAGUCUAUAACCAUCUUGUGCUGCCCCCAAACCUUCCUCACAGACAGGACCCAAACAUCGAUAGCAUACAAAAUGCCCUCACUCAACGCUUGCUGGCUUCUGUCAAGCAUCUACAAAACCUUCCCAACAAUGAGUACAGUGCCUCUGUAUGGGAGCCCAUCCGACGUGGCCUCGAUACCACCAAGAAUAUUCACAUCGGAGGACAUGUCGAUCGUACUGUGCUUGCAAGAGAACUGAAUGACCUUGGAGAGUCGGACUUUUUAGUCGUUUAUGCUUCAAGUCAGAAUUGCGCGCUCUACAUUCGCCGAUCCCAAGAUCCGGUACUUGGUGCCUCAGUAGUAUUCGAGGCCUUCGAGGCUUCAGCUCGUAACGAAGACAUUCUAGCGACUGACAACGCUCUUCAGUGGAACUUCCCUGGUUGUGCAGUAGCUGUCCCGCUUGACACUUUCCGUGAGAAUGGCUUCGUUUCACACCUCGCCAAUUUUCUCGACAAUGCGUCGCGUGAAACUCUAUCAGAGUUCUCCGCCCAUGCACUCAAAGCUGGCACUUCUAUGCCAGAGUACCGGAAUGCUUCUGAGCCCGCUCUCAUAUCCUCCAUGCUCAUGGGAAUCCUCCAACAGAAUGGCCGUCGACUUGCACCAACCCUUUUACAGAAGAUGGUGCGAGACGAUGUCCUAUGGAAGAACGCAGACAAACCUUGGAAACGACUCCCUUACUGGCUUGUGUUGCGUGUCGCCAUUUCCCGCUACCUUGCCCAGCGUCUUGGGGGAGAGGUUGGCCGUAUCGAGUACAAGUUUUUGUUGGCCCAUCUCCUAAGUGAGUUCCUUAGCCAUGUGCAGCGAACAAACAUUGGUAUCGACCGGCUGGACUUCCUCAAGAAGAAGAUCUGCAGGCGUCUAGUCAAGUUGGAUCUUGACAACGAGAGGGCCCAAGACCCCCUUACAACUGACAGGGUUGAGUAUUUGUUCUCACGCCUGAGCCCCGGCAUUCAGAGUGCAGUCUCAAAAGCAACUCAACUUAUCGAAGUUUCUUGGAAGCAACAAAAGCUCGCCAUGACCAAGACUAUCCCCAUUCUUCCAAAACAAGCAACAUUUGAAGAUAUGAAGGUGGACUUGAAGAUCACUGGACAGCAUCUGUACAAGAUUUGGCAAGGCUUCACUCGGCCUGUGAAAUUUGAACUGAACCAACAGAACACUGUCAGUGUUGCAGAGGCUGCCAAGCAACACCUGUGCUCGUUCGCUCGUGAACAUUUCCAAUUGAUCAAGAAGGAGACGGCUCAAAACAAGUUUUGCGACGACUGCAGUUUGUUUCCCCACGUAAGGAUCGAAAAGGCAAGCCGUUUUAUCAAGGAAUAUCUGCCACAAGCUCCCGUUUACACGGAAAUUUCCGAGCUCAAGAGCACAAUGAUCCUAAACAUCAUGGAUCUUUGGGUUACCAUGGAUAAGGCGGCCUGUUCCCUUUAUCCUAUCCUGGGAGAAUUCCAUCCUCUUUUCCGUCCAGAGAUGAUUGAUAUUUUACUCCUUCCGACGGUAGCUGAGAUGAAGCGACUUCAGCGGAUCCAAGUCUAUCUUCAAGAUCGUAUUGCUUCCUGUAAAGGGUCAACUGUGAGCAUCUUCGACGAUCCGGUCCGUGGGUCUUUUGCACAUCGCUUCUAUGACUCGUCCGAAAUGUCUGAAGAGAUGAAGGACUUGCAUGAGUCAAUCGAAACUUGGGCCACCGGUGUGCGUACUGCUAAGGAGACCGAGUGGAGAACCAAGACAGAAGAAUACGCUCGAUUAUCCAAGAACGUAGAUGAGAGCACAUGUUUGUACUUGGUCGAUGAUAACGAUCCAUUCGCUCCAUCUGUCCACGAUGACCGCAACUGUCGCCGAUGUUUCCUAAAGCGGACCAUGAACAGAAUACAAAUACAGGCCUACGAACAUCCUCUGCCUUCGGACCAAUUCGCUGCGAAGGCUGUCAUUUUUGAGCUCCUCUGUCCCCAGACUUUGGCGACCUAUCGAGAUGUAACCUGGGCUAUCAUAUCGCACUUGGCUAUGCCAGCGGAGGAGAGCAUCGAACCAAAGUGCUGGGCCCGGGAAUAUCAGCAAUUGAAUCAAUUUUGUAACAAUUCGUCCAUGAGUUGUUCUCUGGCAUCAGUCACUAAGCCAUUUCUCACGACACAUUACGCCACUUUGAGAUUUCCUGUUGAAUGGGACGAUGGUAGAUCUGGGGUUUGCCGACCCAGCGGACUGAAGUUGACCUAUUGUGAUGAUCGCUCGAAGCGGUGGCCUAGUCGCCGAGGAUAUCUUAGCUUCUUACAACAUGUAAAGCUUCAGAUCCCUCGCUCACCACAAUCCACUUUCUUUCAGAUCAUACAAGAUACCUCCGCCAAGAGUGUAUAUGGAACCUCGUCUUACGAGAUCAUGGCGACAGUAUUUAGAUGCCCACAGGGAAUCAACGUGCACGAGUACCUUGCAUUUCAGACUGUUGCGUCCGGAAAGUCCAGACGUUGGUUAUCAAUCCUCACGGAGCUAGCAUCUGCCAACUUGAACUUUUCUAAUGAGGCAACUGUGAUGCUUCUGUGUUAUCUGGAUACCCAGUGUGGCCCCUUAGACAGCAAGGGAAGUUCUUUCAGACUCAUUCACGAAGUAUUCCGCGAUCCGAACUUCUGUACAAGACUCCUUGAGCAGCUCUUGUUUCGCCUUGAUAGUCUAUCUGCCAACUGGAGAGAAACCCACCUGAUGGAGCUGAUCAUCACCUUCACGAUACGCGCAUUGGACUUCGCAUGGGAGGCCAAUAUGUCCAGCAUAGUCGAUGAGGCAGUUUCCCUCCUCCUACGAGCAAGAGCUACCUGCGUCCGCUGGUUCAAACUCCUUCGUGUGGAAUCUUACAAGUUUGUAGAUGCGGAGACAGCCAAGAGAUUUCAGCAAUAUGCCUUAUGGGCUGCUAUUUUGUGCAAGCGCACAUUUACUCCUCUGGCGCAUGGGCCAUUGGGGCUGGGCGGCAAGGCUCUGGAAAUUUACAUUCAGAGCAGCAUUAUGCUGAACGACAAUCUUGUGGUCAGGCUAGAAGCUCUGCCAAAGGCCCUCCAACAUGCCAUCAUUCGGGACAUUCGACUUUCGUACCGGCUUUCUGAGUUGGUGUCUGAAUCUAUCCUUCAGAAUCCCGACGCAUUCCGCCUUUCACUUCAGGAAAUGUGGCCAGAAGAGGAGGGAUGUGCCAGGACGUUCGAUGAACUGAAACUGGAGCCUGAAGCGCCCGGCUGGAUCUCUUGCCGCACCAGAGCAGGCGAGGCUUAUGAUGUUAUGGAGCAGACUGUCUUUUACAACUACGUGCAAGGGACCCUACUCGUGGACGGUCGUCCAAUGGGGAAACUCCCGCAAGACCCGAAUCAUGCAGUUGUAUUGGAAGAGCUUUUCGGGAACCAAUCUCUUUUGACGUUCCCGUCAAACCGUAACGGAAUGCAAUAUAUCCUAUGCGUAUCCCCUUUCGGUUACCAAGUUCAUGUCGGCUUCAGUAAAACGAGGGAACUUCUUGUGAGAGCCUUCCGCAAGCAAUAUUCAUUGCAGCUCAUACCCCGAGAGAUGUUCCGUAAUGGCAUUCAUUCCGACCUACCAGGCCCAUUGGUGGAUGAUUGUUUCCACUGGCUGAAUCUAAGGAAUGGUGAGGUCCUAAUCACCAGGAAAACCAAACCCUGGCCGGACAAUGACUUUAAAUCAUUCAUCCUUAGUAUCCGAGAUUCUACCUGCACGAGGAAACGACUUUAUAAGGGAAAACCGGCUAAAGAUUAUGUGGUCAACCCUUAUAGCCCGCUAUUCAACCGUGUCACUAGAAUCCUCGACUCUUUUGAGGAUCGUGAUCAGAUCCUAGUGUAUCAGCCCGAAGGUCGAAAUCUUACUGUCGAGCUUCGACGGCUUAGCCUUACAUUCCAUACUAACAGGAACCGUCUCCUUCAAUCACCUCAACUACAAUGCCAGAUUGACGAAAAUCAGGAUGCCGGGACCUGGUACGGCCUACGCAGCAAGCUAGUAUGUAAUAGCCUUACCAACCCCAUGCAUAGAUCUAUCUUGGUACCUUUGGGUCAUCUGGUUGCGCAUUUGGACGGAUGCCAUGUCACAGUGAGAAUCACGGCGACAGGCAAGUUUGGUAGGUUCAACAUCAACACGACCUUAGGAAGGAUUGACUGUGUACCAGAGCCUACUCUGGUUUUCACCAAGGCGCUCCUUCAUGCUUGUACCUCUUUCCUUCUGCCAGACCCAUUGACGGGCCGUACUGGAACCGAAGAGGCUAUUCAGUGGCUCCAAGCAGGUAUUUCACAACCAUGGACACCACUCACGCCCCCUUCCAUGGUUGUAUUGCGAAGGAUUGCUCAGUUAACGCCUCAGAGAGUCUAUUAUCCCCAAGACCUUCAAGUGAUGAGAACAGACUACCUGAUUGAUGAGUUGCCUCUGAGGCUUCAGAGCUCUGCGUUCCGGCCUAUAGUGGAUCAGAUCCUAGGAGGUUCUUCAACUUUGGCAAUAUUUGCAACAAAGGACCAAGCUGCCAUUGAACAGCCAGAGUUGCCUCCUGCUGGUGAGUCACACCUACACGCGCGAGUAAUGUUGCGACAAGAAGCCGUUGAAAGAUGUUUGGAAAGUGCUUCCAGUCGCAUGCCACCCGCAAACCGCCUCUAUGCGUCCCGAGACCGCCCUACUGUCAACAACAUCAUGCAUCGCAAUGUGCUGGAGGUUGUUCACUUGAUUUGUCAAUGGCCAAAAAGCUUUAAGACUACUGAUGGACUGGCUCAAAUGCUCUCGCGAGGUGGGACUAUUGGCGGUUUCGUGGCUCCUUUAGAGGUGACAUCCCUCAAUGAGAAACUGAAGGUCGACAUUCUUCAGUCAUGGGGUCCGCUAGUCCGCUUUGCUCGAGAGGCGGCAGCCGACCGUUACAAAUUGAUGUACCUGCUUGGGCCAAUGUCGUUCCACUUGGAUGCCAACAUGCCACUUCUGAGAACUCUGGUCGCAUCUGCAGUUUUCACAGAUCUCAAAGACCUUGAGCUCCCGCAGUGGGAAGAGUUCGAACAUUUUCAACCUAACCAGACACCACAACUUGAUUAUGUCCUUCAACUUCUCAAGCCCUACAAAGUCGCCCCAGAAGAGAGUGUUGCAGCGGGACUGGGACAAUACUCGAGUGGAAAGCUUCUGAGAAAGUUGCAAAUCGAGCGAGCUAAACAUGAAACCAAGGUGGAAGAAGACUGCAAGUUCUUUGCCAAUCACCUCCUGAGCCAGUGGCCAUGCCUGGAGCCUACUGUAACUGGCCUGGAACGCUCACUUCUGAUUGAUAUCGGACCUGCUUUGGAGGCUAUCCGCCCAGAAUGGAGACGCCUGUUCAUGAACAGAGACCUGGCCGAACAUGUCAAAGAUGUUCAAACUAUUCUUGACCGACGUACACUGAAUGAUAGGUACGAACCUCCUCCAGUGUCCUCCUCGGAGGAGGCUUACGCCGUGAGGAUACGAGGAGGCGAGCUUGUGGACCUGCGUCAGCUGCUGGCGAAACCGUACAGAAUUGUCAAGGUGGCUUCGAAGGCCAAGCCCACUCCGACGGAAUUUUGUGGCUCAACAGAGCGGCCUUUCCUGAGCGAAAAUGACUUUAGCCAACAAUUUGGAAACUUCGCAUGGAAGAGUAACAGAGGUACAGUUACAGGUGUCAAUUUACGGGUUCCUGGCAUUGCAAAUAAUGGCGCAGAGUUGUUCCCUACAAGCAGGCAAGUUACUGAGUCUGCUGCAAGACUGAGAACGAUUGCUCAGCGCUUAGGCUCUUCUAAAUCAGCAGUCAGACGCCGCUACGCCAAUGACUUUCAGCAAAGCCUGAGUUCAUUUGAGCGGCUUGAUACCUCGAAAAUACUUACUGGCAUUAUGCAGACACAGGACGCCGCCAUUUCACUGAGUUCAAAGAACAUUGAGGACGGGUUCUAUGCCAUCAGCUCAGCCCUCAACGUGCCUAGUCAUGUAUGUUCACAGAGGCGCAUCUUCUGGCUCAAAGCUGGAAACCUAUGGCCAAUUGUAACGAAAUCUACUUUGCUUUCUUGCCUCGGUUCUGUGGCAUCCCAAGGUUGUCACUUUGGGAGUGGAAUGAAACAGGCUCUUCUGAACAUGGGAGUCAAUAUCACCAAAUACCAAAGAGAGGUUCGCCUUCAUGAUCUGGCGUUGAAGAAAACAUCCGGCAGGUACCACGAAGAAGACUCCAACAAGGGUCACUCGAAUUGGAGCCCAGAGGAAUAUCCAGAUUGGUUACUUCUUGAAAUCGAGUCUGAUAUGAUGAUUCGUCCUGUCCAGAUCGAUGUCGCCUUGGCAACAAUUUCGCCCGAGUCCGGAUCCAACUCUGUUCUACAGAUGAAUAUGGGCCAAGGCAAAACCUCUUGUAUUAUCCCGAUGGCUGCCGCAGCUCUCGCGAACAAAAAACAACUUGUUCGAAUCAUUGUACCGAAAGCUCUGCUUCAACAAACGGCCCAGUUGCUACAAGCCAGGCUCGGAGGCAUCCUAGGUCGUGGUAUCCGACACGUUCCUUUCUCUCGAAGGACACCCACAACUGAGAGGAAUAUCCGAGCGUAUCACUCUAUUCAUCUGGAGAUGCUCAAGUCCGCAGGUGUAAUGAUCUGUCAGCCCGAACACCACAUGUCUUUCAUGCUCAGUGGCCGACAACGACUUUUGGAUGAGCAACCCCAGCAGGCGGGACCAAUGAUCAAAGUACACGACUGGCUUAGCAGAGUUUCACGAGAUAUUCUUGAUGAGUCUGAUUAUACCCUGGCAGUCCGAACUCAACUCAUCUAUCCGUCUGGUUCUCAGACGACAGUUGACGGCCACCCACACCGGUGGCUUGUUGCCGAAGCUAUGCUUCGACUUGUUGACAACCAUUUGUACGAUCUUUCCAGCAUAUUCCCUCAUUCUAUCAGCGUGAUUCGCCGGGAGGGUGGAGGUUUUCCCUUUGUCUUCUUCCUUCGACAGGAUGUUGAGGACGAAUUGGUCCGUAGACUGACGACAGAUAUCUGCCAAGGCGCCGGAGGUAUACUCCCAUUGACCCAGCAGGCAAUGCCGGCCAGAGAUAGGGUUGCUGUCAAGGAUUUCAUCUCCUCGGCUAGGCCCCGGCCUACAAGCAUCCAACUUGUUCGCAAUCUGUCGCCAGAUAAGCCUAGCUUGAGGCAAACCAUUUAUAUUCUUCGCGGUCUCCUUGUCAACCGUAUCCUGAUGAUGACACUGAAGAAGCGCUGGAACGUUGAAUACGGCCUCCACCCUCAGCGUGACCCGAUCGCCGUCCCGUUUCAUGCCAAAGGUGUUCCUAGCGACCAGUCCGAAUGGGGCCAUCCUGACGUGGCUAUUCUUUUUACCUGUCUAGCGUUCUACUAUGACGGCGUCAAUCUGUCUCAACUUCGACAGUCUUUAGAACACAUCUUGAAAUCCGACGAUCCUUCAACCGAGUACGAUACGUGGACAAGCAGCACAGAGAACUUUCCACCAUCUCUCAAGGCAUGGAACUCGAUCAACGUGGAUGAUGAGAUGCAGCUGUGGGAGAUAUGGAAAAUUGUCCGGUACAAUGGUGUUGUCGUCGAUUACUUUUUGAACAACUUUGUGUUCCCACGGCAUUCAAAACAGUUCGAAGUGAAAUUGCAAUCGAACGGUUGGGAUAUCCCCCUAUCAUCACUCGGCACCACUUCAGACAGCUCAAAGAGCUUGACAGACAAGUCCCUGAGUACAGGAUUCAGCGGUACAAACGACAACCGAACAAUGCUGCCGCUAAACAUUGAACAGCAAGACUUGAAGAGUCUCCAUCACACCAGUGCCGAGGUUCUUACAUAUCUUCUUCAUCCACGAAACAGAUAUUGUAUUCUGCCACAAGACAUACUCAAGUCAAAAUUUGGAAGAGCGUCUGAAGUUGAUCUUCUCAAUUGCUUGAAAUGGAUGUCAAUUCGCAUUUUGAUUGAUGCUGGUGCACAAAUUCUAGAAAUGGACAGCAUCACUUUGGUCGGACAAUGGUUGAAGAUCGAUCACCAUGCCUCGGCAGGCCUGUAUUUUGAUGGGGACAAUAAACCUUGGAUAUUGACGAGGGAAGGACGAAGAACACCCCUUAUUGCUUCUCCUUUCGCCGACGACCUCAGUAAUUGUCUGAUCUAUCUCGAUGAGGCACACACUCGCGGUACUGAUCUUAGAUUGCCUCCUGAUGCGAAAGGCGCUCUUACUCUCCGACUUGGCCAAACAAAGGACCACACUGUACAAGCUGCCAUGCGCCUUCGCCAGCUCGGGACAACGCAAGCAAUUUCCUUCUUUAUCCCUCCCGAAGUUCACCAAAGCAUUGCAGAUCUCCAGGGGAAAACUAUGCACGAGCCAAUCGACUCGGCCGAUGUUAUCCAAUGGCUUUUGGACAAUACCUGUGACCAAAUCGAGCAGCUACAGCCCCUUUACUACUCUCAAGGCAUGGACUACUGCCGACGAAUGCAAGCCGCACUGGACUACCCUAAGUUCCUAAUCGAAAAGGCGGAGCGGAAGGCAUAUGUGCAGGCGAUCAAACAAGAUGAGAAGCAAAGCUUGCAGAAUCUCUACGAACCAAAGACGAAAAGUCGCAUGCCUGGUAUGCAGACAUCGGACAAUGAAAUUCUGAAAAGGUUUAUUCAGGAACUCAAUGCCCGACGAAAGACCUUCCAAGAUACCGGCAAAGCAGUCCAUGCGUCUGCUUUGCAAGAGGUCGAGCAGGAAAGAGAGGUUGCCUUUGAAGUUGAAUCUGUUCGACAGGUCAAGAAGCCCCAGCAUUAUGCAGCGCUCUCCUUUCCGGGUCUCAAUGCCAGCCUCGAAGCUUUUGUCAGAACUGGCAGGCUCCCCGCGGACAACAACUACUUAAUUCAUGUAUCCCGUGCGCUUGCAAGAACUGGUGUUGGUCGGAAAUUCAAGGUGCAAUCCGGAGCCACGAAAUCCAAGCUUUUCGAAACAGUAGAAUUCGGACGGACCAUCAGACCUCAUGGUGAUCUUUCCAUGGACAAUUUCUUGCGCCCUGUUAACUGGGUUCUUUGGAGUUCAGUCGCUGACAUCGCUGUUAUCAUCAUACCCGAAGAAGCCGAAGCUCUGAUUCCCCUCAUGAGAGACCUCAAUGUCAAUGUCAAUACGCAUCUUCUUGUUUAUUCUGCACCGAUAACCCGGAAAAUGCUUCAGUUCAACGACAUGAACUUUCAUAGCAUCCCCCCUCUGCCUUCGUCUUGGAAGGCGCCAAGCUGGUUGCAGAUCGAACUGGGAGUCUACAGUGGACGACUUUACUUUGAAUGGGAAGAGUAUCUCUCCAUGUGCGCCCUGCUUGGAAUCCAGGAGGGCACCACAGAAAGUGGCGUUGAAGCGGAUGGUGAAGGUCCCGACGACGAAGUCAGUCGCGAGUAUGGCCAAGUGAGUGUACCCGUUGUAUGCGAGCAGAAGCAGCUUGUCCAGACCCCCUUGACCUUCUUGCAAGAAUGGCUCGCAGUCCGUCGCCGAGGCCAGGACUUUGCCCACAGCCCAAUGGGCUUUGUCAGCCAAGGCAAACGCCUACAAGAAGACCACAUCUUUUUCAAGCAGGCUGAACCCGUCUCGAUCGAAUGCAACGAUACUGUGGCCCCGCUCCCCACCAAUGUUCCAACUGAUAGACACGAGCAACGGGACGAUGUAGAGGACGGGGUGGAUGACAUGGGUGCCAAUGAAGCUUGUAGCGACGCGAGCGAUGAUGAGAUCGAGUACGAUGAGUCCGAGUAUGGCAGCACGUCCUCAAGUGAUUGA